AACAGAUUGUCAACGUUGAAUAAACGCUUCAAUGGAAUAUCUUAAAGAAAUUGUUUACUAAAACAUUUGUUCGACUUAAAUGCUCAUUUCAAUAUAUUCCCGAACUUCCUCUUAUUUUGGUUUAGUCAUUAGAAAUUGGAACCAGUCAACGCUGCCUUACACCAGAGAUCCUUGACCCUGGGACGUGAUAUAAUCCUUAUAUACUGAAGGUUAACGAAAUCGACAAGAUAAGCAUGGCAGACAAGGUUCUUACGAUGGAUUCUGUGAAUCCAAAUAUUGUGAAAAUGGAAUAUGCUGUUAGAGGCCCUAUAGUAGCCAGGGCCACUGAGCUAGAGAAAGAGCUGGCAAAUGGUGCCAACAAACCGUUUACAUCAGUGAUGAAAGCCAAUAUUGGAGACUGUCAUGCUACAGGUCAAACUCCGAUUACAUUCAUCCGGCAGGUCCUAUCCGUGUGUGCAUACCCAGAAAUGUUGGAGACCUGCAAUUUUCCCCAAGAUGUCAAAGAUAGAGCCAAAAGGCUGUUGGGAGGCUGUAAGGGAGGCAGUAUUGGAUCCUACUCAGCGAGCCCAGGGAUUGAUGUCAUAAGAGAGGAUAUAGCUAAGUAUAUAUCUGAAAGAGAUGGAGUUCCGAGCAAACCAGAGGACAUAAUGCUGUGCACUGGAGCCAGUGAUGGGAUAAAGACAAUUUUAGCCAUGUUAAUGACAGGGAAGUUGGGGAAAGAGCGAGCUGGCAUCCUGAUUCCAGUACCCCAGUACCCACUCUAUUCUGCAACCCUCACUGAGUUUAAUGCAUAUCCCAUCCCAUAUUAUCUGGAUGAGGAGAAUCACUGGGGACUUGAUGUUAAAGAAUUAAAGCGUGCCCUCAAUGAAGCUAAGCCAAACUGUGUUCCCAGAGCUAUUUGUGUCAUAAACCCAGGUAAUCCAACAGGGCAGGUGCUUACCAGACAAAACAUCGAAGAUGUUAUCAAGUUUGCUAAACAGGAGAAGCUGAUGGUGCUAGCAGAUGAGGUCUACCAACACAAUAUAUGGGGAGAGGGAUGCAAAUUCUUUUCGUUCAAGAAAGUGCUUUCAGAAAUGGGUCCUGAUUAUAACACAAUGGAAUUGGCAUCUUUCAUGUCAGCAUCAAAAGGUUUCAUGGGCGAAUGUGGUUCAAGGGGAGGUUAUGCAGAGAUUGUAAAUUUACUCCCAGAUGUCAAAGCCUGCCUCAUGAAAUCCAUCUCAGCUAAGCUCUGUCCACCAAUUGUUGGUCAAAUUGUCAUGGAUUGCAUCACAAACCCCCCAAAACCUGGAGAUCCUUCGUAUGAGCUAUUCAAGAAAGAAAAAGACAAUGUCUUGGCUCUUUUGAAGAAAAAGGCAGGAAUGGUGACUAGUCUCUUUAACUCGAUUGAAGGCAUCAAAUGCAAUGAAGUUCAGGGUGCUAUGUAUGCUUUCCCACAAAUUUUCUUACCUCAAGGUGCAGUGGAAGAGGCCAAGAAGAGGAACCAGACUCCUGAUGCUUUCUACUGCUUCCAGUUGUUGGAGACAACGGGGAUCUGUGUGGUGCCAGGGAGUGGGUUCAGACAGAAGGAAGGAACAUACCAUUUCCGGAUAACAAUUCUUCCCAAGAUCGAGGAAAUGACCGAUGCCUUAGAGCGCUUCAAAGAAUUUCACCUUGCUUUCUUAGCUCGAUUCAAGAACUAGAGUUAUUUCUAUGAGCUCUAAAAAUGGAACCACUAGAUUUUUAAAAGAAGGAACAAUACCUACCAGAAGAACGAAGACGAUGCAGGCAAUGUGGUGGUAUCUACCUUUAAUGAUAUUGUAUGAGUUUAUAU